GCCCCCGCGUCGUCUCCAGCAGCGACCGCGCUCACCGUCGGCGCGUUCUGCCUGCAAACCAAGUGAGGCCCCAAUAGUCGUCCUACGACGUCGGGGGCAGCCGCCGCCGGCGCGAACUAUACAGUGGAAGCUCCACCCUGGCGGUUCCAAGUUCCAAGUAUUUACCCGGACCAGCUCACGCCGUAGGGACUGUGAUGGCGGCCGGGGUGCGGUGGUCUCGGCCGACGUGGUGUUCACACAGGUCAGUUUCUCGGUGCCUAAUGCUUGAUUCAGACAUACAGCGACAAACUGUAGCCUGCUAGAUAUUUCUUGAUGUGCAAUUCCCCAUGGGGACAAUGCUGAAUAAUUGACUGCUGCACCUUCUUCCGGGAAAGCUGGGAUAUUCAACCCAUCCGAAUGUGAUGGGCUACUUUUCUUGCUAUCUUGUGGGGUUUAGAAAGGAUCGGAGUUCCAAGUUCUUGCACCACAAUCACGCGUUCCAGGCAAGCUGGAUAUUCAACGGCCCAUCCGAAAUUCCGAAUGUGAUGGGCGCCGAUAUGAGGUGUCUUCUGAUGCUGGUCCGGGUGGUUGCAAGUGAGCCACAUAUAUUUGUUGAUUUGCUAUUUCCCCACGGAGACCAGCAGCAAUGCAGAAUAAUCAACUCUUAUCUUGUGUGGUCUUGUUUCGUCUGUCAAUUGUCAUUGUGCAAUUUGUCCUGGAAUAAUCAAGCUUCCGGGCAACCUGGGAUAUUCAACUCACGCAAAUCUCAUGAGCUUCGUUUCAACAGCAAGCACACAAAAUUUCUAAGCUUCUUCACACCAUCGCCCUCCUUUGCUACAUAUCAACAAAAAUAUCCCCUUCCUCUUCACAAGCACACACAAAAGAAGGCUUAAUGGAUAUCACUCCCCUCCCUGUUUUUUUCCUUCUUUCAUUGAUUUGCUUCUGCAAAUCCGAUGAUCGCAUAACUCCUGCAAAGCCACUCUCUCCUGGCGACAAGCUCAUCUCUCAAGGUGGCAUCUUUGCUCUUGGCUUCUUCUCCCUGACAAACUCAACUGCAGACUUAUACAUUGGCAUAUGGUACAACAAAAUCCCUGAGCUAACAUAUGUGUGGGUUGCUAACCGCGACAAUCCGAUCACCAGCACUUCUCCUGGGAACUUGGUUCUGACCGACAACUCCGACCUUGUCCUGUCCGACUCCAAAGGCCGCAGUCUUUGGACAGCCAUGAACAACAUCACAUCCGGAACCGUCGGGACGGCUGCUAUACUGCUUGACUCCGGAAACUUGGUUGUCCGUUUGCCGAACGGCACGGACAUAUGGCAGAGCUUCCAGCAUCCAACCGACACUAUCCUCCCCAACAUGCCUUUACCAUUAAGCAAAAUUGAUGAUCUCUACACGCGACUGAUUGCUUGGAGGGGCCCCAAUGACCCAGCCACCAGUGACUACUCCAUGGGUGGUGACUCUAGCUCAGACCUCCAGGUUGUCAUCUGGAAUGGGACGAGGCCCUAUUGGCGCAGAGCUGCGUGGGAUGGUGCAUUGGUCACUGCCCUGUAUCAAAGCAGCACUGGCUUCAUCAUGACCCAGACAAUUGUUGACAGAGGGGGUGAGUUCUACAUGACAUUCACCGUCUCAGACGGCUCGCCAAGCAUGCGCAUGAUGCUGGACUACACAGGCAUGUUUAAAUUUCUUGCAUGGAACAACAACUCAUUAUCAUGGGAGGUUUUCAUAGAGAGGCCCAGCCCUAGAUGUGAGCGCUACGCCUUUUGUGGACCAUUUGGCUACUGUGAUGCUACUGAAACCGUUCCGAUAUGCAACUGCCUAAGUGGGUUUGAGCCUGAUGGUGUUAACUUCUCAAGAGGAUGUAUGAGAAAGGAGGAUCUGAAAUGCGGUAAUGGAGAUAGUUUCUUGACCUUGAGGGGCAUGAAGACACCCGACAAGUUCUUGUACGUUAGGAACAGAAGCUUUGACCAAUGUGCAGCAGAGUGCAGCCGCAAUUGUUUAUGCACAGCAUAUGCUUAUGCUAACCUGAAAAAUGGCAGCACUACUGUGGAACAGUCAAGGUGCUUGAUCUGGACGGGAGAGCUUGUUGACACUGCGAAGUUUCAUGAUGGUAGUGGUGAGAACCUGUACCUACGUCUUCCCAGUUCAACAGUUGACAAGGAGAGUAAUGUACUGAAGAUUGUCCUUCCGGUAAUGGUUAGUUUGCUAAUACUCUUAUGCGUAUGCCUUGCGUGGAUAUGCAAAUCAAGAGGUAAAUGGCGAAUCAAGGAAAUUCAGAACAAACAUACACGACAACACUCGAAAGAUUCCAAGUCCAGCGAACUUGAGAAUGCAGAUAUAGAACUUCCACCUAUUUGCUUUAAAGACAUUGUUACUGCAACAGACAAUUUCUCAGACUAUAACUUGCUUGGAAAAGGUGGUUUUGGAAAAGUUUACAAGGGACUGCUUGGAGAUGGCAAGGAAGUUGCUGUCAAAAGACUCAGUAAGGGUUCCGGGCAAGGGGCCAAUGAGUUCCGAAAUGAAGUGGUUCUGAUUGCGAAAUUGCAGCAUAGAAACCUAGUUAGGCUUAUUGGUUACUGCACUCAUGAAGAUGAGAAGUUAUUAGUCUAUGAAUACUUACCUAACAAAAGCUUGGAUGCCUUCCUUUUUGAUGCUACAAGAAAUUUUGUGCUUGAUUGGCCGACCCGUUUCAAGGUAAUUAAAGGGAUAGCAAGAGGACUUCUUUAUCUCCACCAAGAUUCAAGAUUAACAAUAAUUCAUAGAGAUCUCAAACCAAGCAACAUCCUGUUAGAUGCACAAAUGAACCCUAAAAUAUCAGAUUUCGGUAUGGCAAGGAUCUUUGGAGGAAAUGAGCAACAAGCGAACACUAUCCGGGUUGUUGGGACAUACGGUUACAUGUCUCCUGAAUAUGCAAUGGAAGGUUCCUUUUCUGUCAAAUCUGACACCUAUAGCUUUGGUGUUCUACUGUUAGAGAUUGUAAGUGGGUUAAAGAUCAGUUCAUCCCAUCUCAUAAUGGACUUUCCAAGCCUUAUAGCUUAUGCAUGGAGCUUAUGGAAAGAUGGAAAUGCAAGAGAACUGGUGGACUCAUCCAUUCUGGAGAACUGUCCACUCCACGGAGUUCUAAGAUGCAUUCAUAUAGGUCUCUUGUGUGUUCAAGACCAUCCAAAUGCCAGGCCACUCAUGUCAUCCACUGUGUUCAUGUUAGAAAAUGAAACUGCCCAGCUUCCUACUCCGAAGGAGCCUGUAUAUUUUAGGCAACGGAAUUAUGAAACUGAAGACCAAAGAGAUAACCUGGGAAUAUCUGUGAAUAACAUGACCAUCACAAUACCAGAGGGGCGUUAAGUGUUUAAUUUCAUUGUUCUCCUAUUUGUAAAAUCAUCUAAUUUGCACAGCUGA